AUGGACCUUGUUAGAAGCUUCUUUGAUUCUUUAAAUUUCAUUGGACAAUGGAAGCUUGGUUUGGUAGAUCGCAGGCAUCUUCUUAUCCAACUCACAAUGGAACAAGAUUAUGCUAGGCUAUUUGCUAAACAAGCUGCUUCUAUAUCAGGAGUUACAAUGAAAAUCCAGAAAUGGACUAGAGACUUUGACCCAACUAAGGAGCCUCCUGUGGUCCCAAUUUGGUUUAAGCUACCUGGUCUUCUAUUACCUUACUUCAAGCUUAAUGCACUUUUUAACAUAGGGAGAGCACUUGGUACUCCCCUCAAGGUUGAUGCUCCUACAUUCAAUAUGGCAAGACCUGCACUUGCUAGAAUUCAGGUGGAAAGAGACAUUACUCUCCCUGAGAUAAAAAGGAUAUGGAUUGGUUCUGAUCAAGAGGGGUUUUGUCAAGAUAUAAUUACUGAACAAAAGCCUUUUUACUGCCAACACUGUAAAAUGUUUGGUCACACUGUUGAGAAAUGCUAUAGGCUCCACCCUCCUACAAAAAAACUCUCUAUGAAUCCAAGGGUAGCUAGUCAGGCUUCUAAUCAGGGACAAAGCAAUCAUACCACUAUUAUUAAUCACAAGGAAACUGUCAGGCAAACCAGUAAAACUCCUUCUGAUAAGAACACUAAUCCUCCUGCUACUUUCCCCUCUCGUGAUCCAUUAGGGAAAUUAUCUGAACCCCACAACAACUUGAAAUCUUCUACAGGUUGUAUGGUGAGGGCUGAACCUAAUGAAGUCAGAAUUAUUACCCCUCCCUCCCCCACACUUGCUGAAAAAGGGAAAUGUGUUUUGGAAAAUCCUUUAUUCACUGAGGAUGAUACUGAUGAAGCUGCUGUGGUUGAAGUGCAGCAGGAUUUGGGAGCUGAUAGGCAAAGUCAGAAAAUAAGGAAAAAGAAUGUGAUGAAAAGUUCCCCAAUUAAUGAGGCUACUCCUAGCAUUGCUGAGGCUGAUAUCAUGGAUUUGUAA